AUGGUGGGCCCAGUCUUCACCAAGCUCCGGCCAUGGACUCUCAGGCUGCUCGGUGUCUAUCUCUGCAGUGCUUGCGCUGUGAGCCUCUUCGUGAAGGGCUUUCCGUGGCCAAAGAUGCCACGGAAGGCAUUGCCUCGGCCUGCCACAGAGCGUGAGGGGGACAUGGUCUAUGUCAAGUUCAUCGAGCUGGCACGAACCCAGGGUGCAUCAGAGGCCUUGACUUUUGCCUCCAAAGAGAUGCCCAAAAAGUUCUGCAUGAACUUCGGCAACUUGAAAAAAGCAGCUGCCUUCUUGGCAUGUCAGCAGCAAACUUCUGAACGAUCGGGAAAGGGCGAGAGUCACCUGGACACCCUGGAUCCCAAUGAGCUGCCGCUGUUGGUCUCAACGGCCAUGAAACUGGAAGUCUGUAGCAAAUGUGCUAAGGGCUCCGUAAAGAAAGGUGGAUUUGACCCAUUGAGCAAGCUGCAGGGCCUGGCAGAAGAGCUGCAGAUGGCAGUGACGCCAGCAGGAUGCUUCAAAGAAUGCAAGCAGGGUCCUAAUGCCAGAUUGGAAACUUGA